UUUGAUACAAAAUCUGAGGAACAACUUUUUAUGUUAAACCAAUUCGUUGAUAUAGUAGGAAAUUCUAUGUAUUCCAAACAUUUGAACAUUAAUAUUCUUGCUAUCAAAAUAAUGAACAUAUUAUGUAAUUUGAAACUCAAGUCCUUGAAUGAUGCUUUACCUGUUAUCGUGAAGCAAACAUUUGUUUUGAUAAAAACAUCAGACUCUACGAAUUCUGAGCUUGUACAAGCUUGCUUCAAGUUGCUUACAAUCAUAAUGUGUGUUUGUAAGCAAGCUGAAGUCAAAGAGAGUCAAUUAACUUUCUUAAUUAAUUUAAUUCGACCUGACCUUGAAGAACCUCAACGGCAAAGUACAACAUUCUCGUUAAUUAAAUCCAUAAUUUCACGUAAAUUUGUGGUUCCAGAGAUUUAUGAUUUAAUGCAAACAGUUUCUGAAAUAAUGAUUACAAGUCAAUCUUCACAAACACGUGAUCUUUCAAGACAACUUUUAUUUCAAUUCUUAAUGGAUUAUCCACAAGGACGUGGACGCCUUAAAAAUCAAGUAAACUUUUUAAUCAAAAAUCUCAAUUUUACCUUUGAGAGCGGUAGAAUGUCAGCUAUGGAGAUGCUGAACCUAAUAAUUACUAAAUUUGGAGAUGAAAUAUUAAUGGAGUAUGCCGAAAUGUUUUUCAUGGCUUUAGCUAUUUCUUUAGUUAAUGAUGAAUCUAACAAAUGUCGAGAAAUGACAGGUGUCUUGAUUAAGAUGUUAUUUAGGCGAAUGGAUGAACAACGAUUAAAAAAUACCUAUAUCCUGUUAGGUAAAUGGUUUGCUCAAGCUGAAAAAAAGAGUUUGAAACGAAUGGCAGUACAAAUUUAUGGACUUGUAAUUGAAGCUUUUGAUGAUAAAUUCAAGAAAUAUAUUCCAGAAUUAUUAAAUAUUUUAAAUAGUGCUCUUCAAUCAAGUUUACGAAUUAUGGAACAGUUAUCAAAUGAUACGAGCGAUCAUCAAGAAAAUGAUAUGUUGGUGGAUGUUGACUGGGAAAUCGGAUAUUAUGCACUAAAUACAUUCACUAAACUUAUUAAAGCUUUCCCAACUGUUAUUUAUCUUGAGGAAUGUAAAAACAUAUGGAUACUGGUUGAAAAGCAUAUCCUCCAUUCACAUUCCUGGAUAAGGCUUGCAUCAAGCCGACUUUUUGGAUUAUACUUUGCUAAUAUUAAUCCAGAAACUAUGAUUGCUACAGAAUCAAAUAAUGAAAGAAACGAUUAUUUGACAAAAGACCUGCUGAAAAAAUUGGCCACGUCAUUUUGUACACAAUUGAAAAGUGAACUUUUAGGACAAGAGCUUGCAACGCAAAUUGUGAAGAAUUUGUUUUUCAUUGGAAAAUGUUUUUAUUAUUUGUCACCCGAUGAAGAUGAGAUAGAUAAUUCAUUUGCAAGGUUCGCUUCAUCCAAUAACGAAGAGAUUGAUUGUCAGAGAACAAGCAUAUAUCAAUGGUUUGCCGCAAUGGUCACCUGCAUGUCACCAGAUGACUUAGCACCGUCUUAUCUCUUAUUUAUAAUCUCACCUAUAUAUCGUUUAAUAAACAGUGAGACAGCCAAAGGUCAAGAUAUAGAUAAUCUUAAACAAUUGGGAAAAGAAGUUCUUGAUUUACUACAGAAACGUGUUGGCACAACUCAAUAUCAUAACGCGUAUAAUAAAGUAAGACAGCAAGUGGCGGAUGUGAGAAGGGAAAGAAAACAUAAACGAGUUAUUAAGGCUAUUGUUGAUCCAGAAUCUGCAGCGAAACGAAAAAUACGAAAGAACGUGAUGAAAAAACAAAAUCGAAAAAGAAAAAAUGAAGAAUUUGCUAAACAAAAAUUGAGAUAUGGCGUAACUAAAAAAAGAAAGACUUCAAAUUAG